UGGCCUAAAUUGAUAAAUUCGGAUCAUUUUGACCCUUGAGGCAUUCCACACGUACGGCUUGUAACUAUUAGUAGGUCACAGAUUUUCAAUCGUGGCGUUGUGAGGAAGAUGACCGAUACCAACCUAACUGCCGUGCUCCGUACGAAGGGGGAUCUGCGACUGGAAGAAACAGAUAUUCCCCAACCUAAAAAAGGCGAGGUGCAGCUUGCCAUCCACUCUGUAGGCAUCUGUGGCUCUGAUGUCAAAUACUGGAAAGAUGGCGCUAUCGGUCACUUCGUGGUCAAGAAACCCAUGAUCCUCGGACACGAGACAAGCGGGACGGUGUCAGCGUUAGGGGAGGGUGUAACCAACCUGAAAGUUGGUGACCGCGUGGCGGUGGAGCCGGGUGUGCCUUGCAGGGUGUGUGACCUGUGCAAGGAGGGUCUGUAUAACCUGUGUCCUGACGUGGACUUCUGCGCGACACCCCCGGGCCACGGGAGUCUCAGGCGAUACUACUGCCACGCCGCGGACUUCUGCUACAAGCUCCCAGACCACGUAAGUCAAGAAGAGGGGGCGCUGCUGGAGCCGUUCUCUGUCGGUUUACACGCCUGUAGGCGCGCUGGAAUACAGCCGGGGUCUAGCGUACUGAUCAGUGGAGCUGGACCGAUAGGCCUAAUGUCCCUGGUCUCAGCUAAGGCAAUGGGAGCCUCUGAUGUCUGUGUGACCGACAUUUCUUCGGCACGCCUGGAGUUUGCUAUGGCGAUGGGUGCGACGCAUACUCUUCUAAUUGAGCAGGCAGACCGAGUGGAAGACCUUGCAGUUAAAGUGAAGGAACGCUUAGGCUGCAUGCCCUCUGUGACCGUAGAAUGCAGCGGAGCGGAAUCAGGGCUGCAGCUAGGCAUAAUUGCCACAAGACCAGGAGGGGUAGUGGCUGCCAUUGGUCACGGGUUGUCGUCUGUGGGAAUCCCAUUGGUCCUUGCCGUUGCCAAGGAGAUAGAUAUCCGCGGAUGUUUCCGGUAUUGCAACGACUACCAGCUUGCCCUAAAGCUCGUGGCCACGGGACAAGUUAACAUCAAACCGUUAAUCACACACCGGUUUACGCUGGGCCAAACGCUGGACGCCUUUGAAAUGGCAAAGAGCGGAAAAGCCGUAAAGUGCAUGAUUCGCUGUGCCAGAGACUAGUCUUUGGUUCUGAAUGGACGCUAUCUAGGUAUAAAACUAGUACCGGACUAUUUUUAAAUUUACCUUACUACAUUACCGAAAUAAUAGCAUAUUUUACAUACUACUCAAUAAUACUGUAUAUAUCUGGUUAAUUUAUAUGACACCCAAUCUAUCAGAACAGAAAGGAGAGUUGACAUUGUUUACGCAUGCGCAAUAGCCAUCAAACCAUUUCAAGGGCAAUAUAUCUAUAUACAGGGGUACAGCCGUUGUACCCAAGGCUACAGAAUAGGUAUUCUCAAACAAUUAAGCGUAUUCAGUGACAAACAUGUAGAGGUUUGUUAUUCAUUAUUUCUGGCGAAAAAGGUGAUUUCUUUAUUUACUGCUGUAAACUGUUAGAGUGAUCGAUCAAUGCAUAUUUGAUUGCCGAAGUUCACAAAAGGUGAACUUUUUUAUAAAGAAAAUGAGCUUGUCGACGUGCUAGCUAAACGUGCUUGAGAAAAAUAUAACUGUCUCACUUUUACUACAAUACCUCUUUGGGCUGAUAUUGAUUGAAUAUUAUAAUUUUUUUGCGUUUAGAUUUUUUAUUUUGAGAAAUGCCUGGCACAUCUCGUAUAAUGAAUAGCUGAAAAGUGACAUUAACUCAGCUGGCGUAAUUAAAAGGCGGUAUAUUGUAGAGAUAUCUUAUUAAAACAGUCAAAUCCAUAAGAAAUUAAACAAAGUAACCAAAGUUACCAAUUACC